CGCGCAGCAGAUUUCGAAAUCGCAGUGUCGCCAAUAUUCCUAUCCCUGCGCAUCAAUUAUACGGCCCAUUGGUGCACUGAGGCUCUCUUGUGCGCCUAGAACGUCUCACAAUAACCUUUUCUCGGCCUAGUUCUUUCGCAGCAGCACACAAUGUCCGAUUCAGAGGAUCCCCUUGACGCCAUCGACGAGGGCGGCGAUGACCUUUUCGGCGACGAGGGCGAUGAGGUGGAUGCCUCUCCCCAGGCGCGCAUUCUAGACGACGAUGAUCUCGCCUCAGAUCCCGAAGCAUAUGGCGAUGCCGAGCCGCGAGAGUAUGAUGGGAGCCAGUCACGACAGGAAACUAAGGAUAGAAUCGUCAUGGCCGUGCAAGCAUAUCGCCAUCGCAUCCCCAAACCGUCCGACGACUCGCUUCGUGUGAUGCGAGUUCCGAAGUUCGUCAGGUUUCUCCCCGAGCCAUACGAAGAGGAAACUUUCCAACCCUCCGCGUUCGAUCUUGAAAACGCCAAAGCAGAGCACCCAAAACAUGUCGUCCGGGUCCGCAGAGAUGCAAGCACAAACGAACUGAAAAGCAACACAAACAUCUACCGGUGGAGCGAUGGUUCUGUUACCAUUUCCAUCGCUGGCGAACACUACGAGAUCAACAAGAAGGGGUUGGCUCCAGGCCCCGGACAGCCUUACGAUGAAUUGAAGGAUGGCCAUUACUACGCUGCCGCUGCCGAAUUAAGUAGCAAUUUAUUGAUGACUGUGGGCCACUUGUCAGAGCAGUACACAAUCAAGCCAAACAAGGCUGUUGGAGACAAUGCCCUAUCUGUUUUGGCGGAGAGAAUGGCUCUAGCCAGCAAGUCAUCGGCCGGCGGUGAGAUGAUUAUCAAGACAGUGGUCGAUCCCGAGUUACAGAAGAAGCAAGCCGAGCUGGCCGAAAAGGAGCGGAUGAAGGCACAGCGAAAGCGCGACAAUGCCGUGGCCAAGAUGGACGGUGGUGUGGGACGAUCCGGUCGUGGUGGGCUGUCAAUUGGUGGUCUGGAGGGCGCCAGGUCUGGAGCAGCCCGGAAGAGAGGAGCACCCGGUUCUGCGCGACCUAAAAGACGGCGUCCAGAGUAUGACUCUGAUGACGACCUGCCCCAGGGUGUCUCGCGACAUGAAGACUACGACUUGGACGAUGGUUUCCUGGUGGGCAGUGAUGAAGAGGAGAUGGAGAGCGGUGUUGAUGAUGAUGAGGAAGAAGACAUUCUGGACGAUGAGGACGAGGCCCCGCGAUCCAAGAGGCAGCGAACCAAGGAGCCGGAGGACGAUGAAGACGCGGAGGGAGAUGAGGUGGAGCCAAUGGAGACCAGUGGCAGAUCAGGCAGACGGCGAAACGUGAUUGACGACGACGAUGAAUAGGGCGUUUUCAGGAAGAGAUUCACACGAGGAAGACGAGAGCCAUUGCUUCCGCCAAGCCUCUACUAUAAUGUAAACUAAUUUACCAGCUGAGUGCUAGUUUGAUAUUGGGACAAAAGAUACAAAAGGGAGACGCUGGAGCAAUAUGCAUUUGAUAGGGAUUUUGAACAAUAUUCUCCAAAUAUGCUACCACAUGCCAUCGGUUGAUGGUCGAC